UUUGUGAUUUUGUUCUUUUGGAGAAUUUAACAAUUUUUUUUCAAUGGAAAUGAGUGAACUACCGUGUGAGGAAGAGUGCGAGAGUCAGGUGGUGAUAAAUUUCAGGAGGAUACCCCCUCUGAUGAGGCCAGCGCCUUUCUGGAGUGCUCCAGCUGUUCACGACGCAAAAAUUGUUAAUCUGACGAUUCGAGACUUUUCCGGAAAAUAUCUGGUUAUGGUGUUCUAUCCGUACGAUUUUACCAUUGUCUGUCCAACUGAGUUGAUACAGUUCAGUGAUCGGGCUGAAGAAUUUCAAGAUUUAGAUGCUGAAAUCGUGGCAAUUUCAACAGACUCUCAGUACACCCACUUGGCCUGGGUGACGACUCCCAGAAAGCAGGGAGGCAUAGGAGGCAUGAACAUCCCGAUAUUAUCGGACAGAAGCCAGAGGAUCUCGAAACGCUACGGAGUACUCGACGAAGACUUGGGGGUCUCCUCAAAAGCGGUGUUCAUAAUCGAUAAACAGCAGAAUAUCAGACACAUGUCCAUAACCGACAUGGCCCUACCCAGGUCUGUGGACGAGGCCCUCAGGGUCAUUCAAGCCUGUCAGUUCGUGGAUAAGUAUGGAACCAUAUGCCCCAUGCGUUCGAAGAAUUUCGAAGCUGGGGAAAUCGAUCCUGAUUUCGAUGAGAUUAAAAAGGAGUAGAAUUGUUUCA